AUGGAAACUUUCCUCUUCACCUCAGAAUCUGUAAACGAAGGUCAUCCCGACAAGUUGUGUGACCAGGUUUCAGAUGCCAUCCUGGAUGCAUGCUUGGAGCAAGACCGAGACAGCAAGGUUGCGUGUGAAACCUGUACAAAAACUAACAUGGUUAUGGUCUUUGGUGAGAUAACAACCAAGGCGAAUGUGAACUAUGAGAAAAUAGUUCGAGAUACUUGCAGAGGCAUUGGGUUCGUGUCACCUGAUGUUGGUCUUGAUGCUGACAAUUGCAAAGUUCUGGUCAACAUUGAGCAACAAAGCCCUGAUAUUGCUCAAGGAGUUCACGGUCACUUGACCAAAAAGCCAGAGGAAAUUGGUGCAGGUGACCAAGGCCACAUGUUUGGCUAUGCCACAGACGAAACACCGGAGCUAAUGCCACUCACUCAUGUACUCGCUACUAAACUUGGUGCCAAGCUCACUGAAGUGAGAAAGAACAAAACAUGCCCCUGGCUGAGGCCCGAUGGUAAAACCCAAGUGACAGUUGAGUACAAGAACGACAAUGGAGCCAUGGUUCCUAUCCGGGUCCACACAGUCCUCAUCUCAACUCAGCAUGAUGAAACCGUUACAAAUGAGCAAAUUGCUAAAGAAUUGAAAGAGCAAGUGAUCAAACCUGUCAUCCCAACCAAAUACCUUGAUGACAAGACUAUCUUCCACCUCAAUCCUUCCGGUAGGUUUGUGAUUGGUGGACCCCAUGGAGAUGCAGGACUCACUGGAAGGAAGAUCAUUAUCGAUACCUAUGGUGGUUGGGGCGCUCAUGGAGGCGGUGCCUUCUCCGGUAAGGACCCAACCAAGGUUGAUAGGAGUGGCGCAUACAUUGUCAGGCAAGCAGCCAAGAGUGUGGUAGCUUCAGGACUGGCUCGGCGUUGUAUUGUGCAGGUUUCUUAUGCAAUUGGGGUCCCAGAGCCACUUUCCGUGUUUGUAGAUACAUACAAAACGGGAAAGAUUGCAGACAAGGACAUCUUGGUUCUGAUCAAGGAGAAUUUUGACUUCAGGCCAGGUAUGAUUGCCAUCAAUCUUGAUCUGAUGAGAGGAGGCAACUGCAGGUACCAGAAAACAGCUGCUUAUGGGCAUUUUGGACGUGAUGAUCCUGAUUUCACUUGGGAGACCGUGAAGAUCCUCAAGCCUAAGGCUUGA